CACUGAAAGCGGCAUCCCAUCCACUCCAUCACUUCCUCUCUCUCUCUCAGCUAUCUCCUAGGGUUUCCCCCAAUUCCCCUUCCCUUUUUCCCCACCUUGAAACAAUGGCUUCCGCCGAUACCGAGUACAGGUGCUUCGUCGGUGGCCUCGCCUGGGCUACCACCGACGAGGCCCUCCUUGAGGCCUUCAGCACCUACGGCAACGUCGUCGACUCGAAGAUCAUCAACGAUCGUGAGACUGGAAGGUCCCGCGGAUUCGGAUUCGUGACCUUCGGCGACGAGCAGUCGAUGAAGGACGCCAUCGCCGGGAUGAACGGCCAGAACCUUGACGGACGCAACAUCACCGUCAACGAGGCUCAGUCCCGCGGAAGCGGCGGCGGCGGUGGUGGUGGAUACCGCGGUGGAGGCGGUGGUGGCGGGUACGGAGGAGGUCGCCGUGAGGGAGGAUACGGUGGUGGCGGUGGGUACGGCGGUGGAGGCCGUCGUGAAGGUGGCGGCGGCGGCUACGGUGGCGACGGUGGAUCUCGCUACAGCAGGGGUGGUGGCGAUGACGGUGGCAACUGGAGGAGUUAAGCAACUCAAAUAGUUUAGGUGGAUGGUUGGGGGUCGUGAUGACGUGGGUUGGGAUUAUCGAGUCUUGUUUUAAGAGUUAAAUUAGGGUUUCGGCGGUGCUGUGUGCGUUUUUUUUUUGUUCUGGUUGCUGUUCGGUUCUGGUUCAUGGUUCUUGUACUGGUUUAUCGCUAUGAAGAGAAAAAAAAUGAAAUCUUUCUUCUUUCAGGAAAAUUUUUCUCCCUUGUUCUUCACUCUAAUUGCGAUUAUCACGCCGAAGUCGAUUUAAUCCAGUUGACUAGAGUUUAGAUAAACAAACUCGUGUGGGCCACUGUAUUUGUUGGUGGGCCUAUCCAUUUUCGGCCCACUCGGUUGAUUAUAUCCUCG